AUGAGUUUGCAGACCCCACCCACACUCCUGGAGCUGGCAAGUCGGAGUCUGCUGAAGAAUAAGGCCUUGGACCCCUCCACCCUGCAGGACCUGCCCAUGGACUUCUUCCUACCAGUCUUUGUGGAGGCUUUCAAAGGGGGACACAGGCAUGAGUUGAGGUCAAUGGUACAGGCCUGGCCAUUCCCUUCCCUGCCCUUGGGGUCACUGAUGAAGACACCCCAUCUGGAAACCUUGCAAGGCAUCCUAGAUGGGCUUGAUACGCUGCUUGCCAUAAAGAAUCGCCCCAGAGGGUGGGAACUGCAAGUGCUUAGUUUUCAGAACAGGGAUGAGAACAUCUGGAAGAUGGGGUGUGGACGCAUAGCCCGCGCCUGCUCAGAGCUCCCUAGUGAGUUACAAACAGGCAGUCCUAGUUCUGGGAUGGGACCAAGGCCCUUCAGGAUAUUUGCAGACCUUUGCAUCACCUUCAAACGUGGACUUCUUAACGAUUUGCAAAUCUAUCUCUUGGACUGGGUGAAGAUGAGGAAACGGGUCGUCCAGCUGUGCUGCAGGAGGCUGCAGAUUUUGUCAGAUUCCAUGUACAAAAUACUGACAUUUAUGCAUGUUGUACAACUGGACAGCAUUGAGGAACUGGACGUGUACAGUUUUUUUCAUCAAAACACCAUGAAAAUAUUUGCUCCUUACCUGGGCAGGAUGAGCAAACUUCAGAAGUUUUCCUUUGAUGGUAUGAGUCCGGAGAUAUAUACAUCUGUAUGGCAAAAUAGGUGGUAUUCCCAUAUGUAUGCAGUUCAUCUACGAAAGCUGGACAAUCUGCGGGAGAUUUAUAUAGAUGACGUCUUCUUCCUUAAAGGACAGCUGCACAACAUCCUCAGGAGUCACACUCCCUUGCAGACCCUCUCCUUGAAGUCCAGCCCGCUUUUGGAAUCAGACUUGAAGCAUCUUUCUGAGUGUCCAAGCACGGGUCAGCUGAAGCACCUGACUCUGAGCAACAUCAACAUGGCAGACUUCAGUCCGCAGCCCCUCCGAGCUCUGCUAGAGAAGGUGGCAGGGACACUUGAGACCCUGGUCUUAGACCUAUGCUCAAUCAAUAAUUUCCAUAUUAGUCACAUCCUGCCUGCUCUGGACGGCUGCUCCCAUCUCACCACCCUCAGUUUCUAUGGGAACCACAUGUCCUUGCCUUUGCUGGAGAAGCUACUGUGCCACACUGCCAGAUUGAGCCAGUUACGGAAAAGUUACCUGCAAAGUCCUCAGCAUGGGUUUGCAGGCCCCACCCACACUCCUGGUACUGGCAAGUGUGAGCCUGCUGAGAGGAAUGAGGCCUUGGACCCCUCCUCCCUGCAGGACAUGCCCGUGGACUUCUUCCUGCCAAUCUUUGUGGAGGCCUUCAAAGGGGGACACAGAGAAUGGAAACUGCACGUGCUCAGUCUGCAGAACGGGGAUGAGAACAUCUGGAAGAUGGGGUGUGGAUGCAUAGCCCGCGCCUGCUCAGAACUCCCUAGUGAGGCGCAAACAGACAGCCCUGAUUCCGGGAUGGGAACAAGGCCCUUGAAGAUAUUGGCAGACCUCUGCAUCACCUUCAAAAAUGGACCACUUAAUGAUUUCCAAGCCUACCUCUUGGACUGCGUAAAGAUGAGAAAACAGGUCAUCCAGCUGUGCUGCAGGAGGGUGCAGAUUUUACCAGAUUCCAUAUACCGAAUAUAG